AUGGCUGCUGAAAAGGUCCAGGUCCCAGAAUCCCAAUUGAAGAAGUCUAAGGCUCAACAAAAGUCGGCCGAGCAAGUCGCCGCCGAGAGAGUCGCCCGCAAGGCUGCCAACAAGGAAAAGAGAGCUGCCAUUUUGGAGAGAAACGCUGCCUACCAGCAGGAGUACGUUGACGCUCAAAGAGCCAUCAUCGACGCCAAGCGUGAGGCCAAGGCCAACGGUUCUUUCUACAUCGACGCCCAGCCAAAGUUGGUUUUCGUUGUCAGAAUCAAGGGUAUCAACAAGAUUGCUCCAAAGCCAAGAAAGAUCAUGCAGUUGUUGAGAUUGAACCAGAUCAACACCGGUGUUUUCGUCAAGGUCACCAAGGCCACCUCCGAGCUUUUGAAGUUGAUCGAGCCAUACGUUGCCUACGGUUACCCAUCUUUCGCCACUGUUAGAAAGUUGGUUUACAAGAGAGGUUACGGUAAGAUCAACAAGCAAAGAAUUGCUUUGGCCGACAACUCUAUUGUCGAGGCCAACUUGGGCCAAUUCGGCAUUGUCUCCAUCGACGACUUGAUCCACGAGAUUGUCAGCGUUGGUCCUCACUUCAAGCAGGCCAGCAACUUCUUGUGGCCAUUCAAGUUGUCCAACCCAUCUGGUGGCUGGGGUGUUCCAAGAAAGUUCAAGCACUUCAUCCAGGGUGGUUCUUUCGGUAACCGUGAGGAGUUCAUCAACAAGUUGGUCAAGUCCAUGAACUAA